AAGACUCUCCAUACUAAGGGAAGUCACUCAGUUCAUUAAUAGUUGAGAUAAAUUAAUCUUCACAAUAUUUUUACUUUUACUUUGAAGUACUUAUUUUUAUUUUUUGUAAUUAUAAUAAUUUUUUUUAAUAACGAAUUUUUUAAAAUUCAAUAUUUUCUACCAAAAUGUACAGAAAUGAACACGAACAAUUUUGAGGCAAUCAGGAUUCGUUUCGUUAAACUUAUCAUUUAUGUUACAGAGUGAUGUAUUUGCCAAAAUCAAUGAGCUGAAAGAACUAAUCUCCCAGGAUGUCUUUUAAACGUGAUGGAAAUGACUAUAACUUGUUGAAUUCUCAAAGGCGAAGCAGAGUGAAUGAGCUAUUUGCUGAGACAAUACCUGAUGAAGAAGCCCAAAUACUUUCUAAUGGCAAGUUGUCAUGUACUGUGUGUCAUUACAGACCUGUGUUCGACACUCUGUCUAUUCUGCAGUGCCAUCGACAAGGGAGAAAACAUCUUGAAAAUGCAGAACGGAAUAAAAUGAAAGAAAAAGAACUGAAAGACUUAGUUUUGAAGCAUCAACAAAAGCAGUCUCUUAAAACUGGUGCUACUGAUGGAAGUCUGGCACCUGAGAAAUGCACUUCAAAACUUCAGCUGAGACCUUAUGACCGGAAACCCACAAUUGAUCUUUCAAGCACACCCACCGACAACAUUAAUCUACCAUCUUUUACUUCCACACAUACUUCCAAACAUACAUUUUCAUCUGGUGUAAAAUCCCCUUAUUCACAUUUAGCCGAACAGAAUAAGGAAACAAAGCCAUUAAGGCCCUAUGUGAAGAAACAGAGACUUCCUGAAAAAACUGUAAAAAGCUCAUCUCUGAAGCUUAGUAAAGUAUAUGGCCCUGUUCAGACAAAAGUUAAAGACCAAAAACCUAAUGAUCAUAUUCAAACGAAAGUUUUGGAAGAUAGAAAAGUCGAAUGGGACAAAUUCAGUAGUCAGGUUCAGAAAAAGAGAAGACUGUUGCCUGACACUGUAGAAAGGACAGGCCCUCAAUCUGCAACUAAGAUUUCUGAAUCUAUUCCAUCAGCAGAGCAGCAGACUAUAUCAGGAUCUCAAGAGGCUUCCAAAGUUGUUGAAAAGAAAGAAUUAGCAGAAAAAUAUUGGCAGCUUUCAGGGUCAGGUUGGAAGAAAGACUGGGUCGGAAAUUGGAUUAAAGACGAAAAUGCCGAGUUUGACUCCGACGAAGAACCUCCAGAUUUACUAUAACAUUAAUAAAAUAAAUAUACUUUCUUAAAAAAAAGAAGUGUU